AGAACCUGCCUCAACGCUGCCCUCAUCCCGGCUGUAGCUAGCCUAUAAAAUCUAGGACGAGCAGAGCUGAAACCUCACAGCUACAGACAGGGGACAGCUCCGUGGUGCUGAAACCAACUGCCUGAAAACAAACUCAGCGGCUGCAACACCACACACGUCAGGAAACAUGCCUGGAAUCAGGGAGGGACACUCUUGGCAACUUUUCCUAGUUUCUUUCUUGGUUUUGGAGGGGUCAACGCAAGAUUUCGGACAGACCCAGUUUAUUUGCACGUCUGUGCCCAAGGAUAUGGACUUGUGCGCGGCUACGAUGCAGAACAGUGGUCCGGCGGAGGAUUUGAAGACGACGGUGAUGCAAUUGAGGGAGACCGUGUUACAGCAAAAGGAGACCAUCAUGAACCAAAAGGAGACAAUCAGGGAACUAACGUCCAAGUUGAGUCGGUGUGAGAGCCAGAGUCUGCCCGAGGCGGGAGCGGGAGGCCGGAGAAUAGUACCGGGCGCCAAGAACACUAUGGGGGACGUAUCAAGGGGUCCUCAGGACACUCUCGCUCAACUAGGACAGACUUUACAGACUCUCAAACAGAGGUUGGAGAAUCUUGAGCAAUACAGCCGAAACAACGGUACGGCCCAGGCGAAUAGUCUGAAAGACCUGCUUCAGAACAAGAUUGAUGAUAUGGAGAAGCAGGUGCUGUCCCGGGUCAACACCCUGGAGGAGACCAAACCGGGUCAGAGAAACGAUACGGACCAGCGGAACCGAGUGGAGUCCACGCUGACUUCCAUGCAUCACCGGAUAACGGACCUAGAGAAAGGUGGGAAAGACAACAGACCACUGGACAAGUUCCAGCUGACAUUCCCGUUGAGAACCAACUACAUGUACGCCAAAGCCAAGAGAACCCUGCCGGAGAUGUAUGCCUUCACCGUGUGUCUGUGGAUUAAAUCUAACGCGUCACCCGGAGUGGGCACACCUUUCUCCUACGCUGUCCCAGGGCAGGCCAACGAGCUGGUGCUGAUUGAGUGGGGAAAUAACCCGAUGGAGAUACUCAUCAAUGAUAAGGUGGCCAAGUUGCCGUUCAUCAUCAACGACGGGAAGUGGCAUCACAUCUGCAUCACCUGGACCACGCGCGACGGGGUGUGGGAGGCGUUUCAGGACGGAGUGCUGCGGGGCAGUGGAGAGAAUCUGGCGCCAUACCAUCCCAUCAAGCCGCAGGGGGUCCUCGUAUUGGGACAAGAGCAGGACACGCUGGGGGGAGGUUUCGACGCCACACAAGCAUAUGUGGGUGAGCUAGCAAAUCUCAACAUGUGGGAUAGGAAGCUUUCCAUCGGGGAUAUUUAUAACCUGGCAACCUGCAACAGUAAAGCGCAAACUGGCAAUGUAUUCUCUUGGUCGGAAUCCAACAUUGAAAUAUUCGGUGGAGCUACCAAGUGGACAUUCGAGCCGUGCCGUGCGCUCAACUGAACUGCAUUUCGACAUGAAACCAAGGCCAAUCCGAUUUAUCUGUAUUUCUUUUGAGCUUCUGUGUUCUUGUCUUCAUUAUGAUGUUCGUUACAGACUAUUUGGUAUUUAUUUAAUGAUAAGCUUAUACCUGGGAUUUCUAUUAGAUAUUUAUGUGCGAAACAACUUUUUUUGAUCUUGAGAAAAAUCUAAUUCGUCUUGGAAACCUCAGUUGGACAGUGUUGGUAUCUGUUUGUUUGGUUUUCUAUUGGAGUUUUGUUGCAAGCGCACUUUAGCUGUUUCGAUUUGCUUAUUUUGUCUUGGACUGUUGGCAGCUGGGCAAUCCACGCCUUACGUUGGACAAUCCACAGCACAGUGCGGAAUUUAUGGAGCCAUCCUCUAGAGUGGAACUCACGCUGUCUGUCCAAGUAUUGUCAGUAUUUGACGCCGUGAAAUGAUACCACGCCCUCCAAAUCCCUCAACCCCCCCCCCCCCCCCCCCCGGAUCUUGCACUGUGAAUGACGAGAGCCAUGUAGAGAGAGGACGCCGAGGGUACGUUGAAGGACACUGCAAGUCGGACUGUAAAAAGAAUUUGUAAUUGUCGUUCGCUUCAAAGUGUCUCCUGUAAACCCUGUAAACGAAUGUCGUUAAUUGCCAACAUGCAACAAAGCCUGGGUGCCUUUGGCUGGUGCAAAUAUUCAGCGCAUACGUUUUAUGUUGCAAAUUAUAUGUAUUGUUUGUUUUGUAUUUAUUUUGAGGGAGGGUGGGAGAUUUUCUUGUUAUUAUUCUGAUAAAUGUAAUUUAAUUGAGGUUUGUUCACGGAUAUGAUGACGUGUUUGGGCAGGUGUUUGUACUACCGGUAUCUGUAUUCGGAAUGUUACGGUGUCUGUAUAGUAACAGCAUGACUGAGUGACAAAACGCUGCCACAUCUGCUUGACUAUCCUUUCUGGGACUGGGUGGUUUUCUACAGAAUUGUUAUAUGCUCCAAGCAUGGCAACAUUGAAAGAUAUGAAAAAUAUAUAAUUUUUGUAAUAAAAUUGUGAUACAUAAGAGUUAAAAGUUUA